AUGGCAUCUACGACGACUGGUGCAGCAAUAAUACGUGACACCGACUCUCCGGCCACAGCCAACAACAUUGAGAACGAAGUCCCAACUAAGCGAACCUCUUCUUCUGCCUCUCCCAGGCAUACUCCGAACACUCAUUGUCACCGUCGUCCCCGACAUCGCAAUCGUAUCUUGGCAAAUUUACUCUGCUCCGAGUGUCUCACCAACAACAGCAGCAACACCUCUCUUCAGUCAACAACUGAUUCACCCCCAUAUCAGUUAUUGUUGCCGCCUAGCUCCCGCUACGUACGUGAACGUUAUUUGUCCGCGAUAACCGACAAAACUUUAGACUUUUGCGCCUCAUAUUCGACAACCGUGUGCGAUUGCAGCAAGUGUCCGAAGGAGGAUUUUAAAUUCGUUAGUGUUCGAUCAUUUUCCGGAUCCAAUAUUUCGUCCUCAACGCCAUUAGAUUAUACCACCAGCAGCAGCGCGAGCAGCAGUAGCACCAGUUCUACUGACGACAGCUGUUCCAACGUAACCCAUACCACCGAAGAGGUAGGCAAUUAUUUUACCCCACCUCGUGAGUACACCAACAACACUCGUGCCUUGGGCGUUUUAACCGAGAAACGUUCACCUCUAUUUGGACCAUUGGCUGGUGGUAUAUCGCUUAGAACCCAGGAACCUUUCUACUCGGAAUAUCUGCUGAAUGCCAACGAUUUGAUAUCACCGCGAUCGCUGAAAGCCUACAAAGAGAAUAUCGAUUAUACGGCAACGGAAGCUUUGCCAUCACCGAGUAUGAAUGGCGGCGGGAAAAGGUCGUCAAUGAAUGGUGGUUCAGCGAUAACAUCACCGGCAACAGCGGCGAAUGGAGGAAAUGUAACCGAUAUCAAUCGUAAUGGUGUACCGAAACAUUGGUUUGAAACCUGGCCAGGAACACAACCAGCAUCCUUGGAACUACUACCCUGUGCUGGAACAGCAGCAACAACAACUGAAAGUUGCCACCCAGUGUUAGGGGGAAACUCACGAGCCAUUCACUCAGAUCCCGAGGAAAGGCAAACCAAGGAAAAGGUACGUUCACGAUUUUCCACAGCCCUACGGAAACUUUCAAGGUCCACAAGGAAAAAAGAUAAAUUAGCGGCAGGAAAAUCUUCUUCGGAAACUGCAGCAGGAUCAGCUGCUGCCUCAGAUUUAAUUCUCUCAAGUGAUGCGGAUGAUCGAAGUUCUUCGCCAGUGACCAAAACUAAAAUAAAAAAGAAAAAAUCUUCUUUAUUCAGUUUGAAAUCCAAAGCCAAGGUUGCUCCUAAAAAGGAUUGCGAAGGGGAGGAGGAGGAGCAUACAAUUCCAGCCACAGGGCAGCGUAUUUUGGAACCUCUAUUUCAUGAUACCGAAAAUGAGGUGGUGGUGACCACAGAACGUUUAUCGCCCACCGAGGGAAAACGUAAGGUACAAAUAACUAUCAAGUCGAAGAAAAUUGAAAAAGUGGCGGAUUCUGAACCAGCAGAUAGGUGUCCACCAUCUUCGCCAUCUCCCACACCAACAGCGUUAUCACAAUCCUCGCCUACCACAACCCCACCAUUAGGUCGGCAAAUUAAGAACGAGAACAUCACCUCUGCCCCCACCCCGCCGUCGUCGUCAUCAACCAAGGAAGAUAAAAAGAAAAAACUCAAAGGUAAAUUAAAAACUCAAACGUCACAGAAACCCACCACACCAGCAGCAGCACCACCCACACAAGCACAAUCAAAGAAAGACCAUAAAGCGGAAGAGAAAAUUGUUAUCACUCAAAGUCCGAAAGAUAUUCCACCACGAGACAAGGCACCCGCCAAACCCUCACGCCUAGCACAACAACAGCAGCAGCCGCAGCCGUCGCAACAGCCCUCGUCUAGUCACUCAGCUUGUACCAGCAGCAAUACCAACACAGGUGGAGGUGGUGCAGUACGCAAAACAGCCACUACCACAAGGGCAGCCAUAAAAUUGGUAACAACUGCAAAAUCGAAAAAGAAAUCGGAAGCCAAUAAAGCAACAAGCUCUUCUACUGCUGGCAACAAGCCAACAGGAGGUGGCAAAGGAUCAGCAACUACAAAAGCAAGCGAUAACAUUACCACGACCACAGCGAAUACUCCUGACAACACCGAGACCACCACCACAACCACCCAGACUCCCAUCAAUAAAGAAAGCGAUUUAAUGAUAAAUCCACAAAGAGGUCAUAGAUUUCCAAGACCUACAUCAACCGAGUCUACGGAGUCUAGAUCACAAGAAAUUGUGGGAAAUCAAGACUCGGCAGCAGCAACAGCGCCACCGCCAAAGGCGACAACACCACUGCCGCCAAGCAUUUCGCCAUCGCCGCCACCGCCCAACUCAAACCAACCGCAAAAUAACGAAAUUCAAUCUGAAACCAAAGUGCUGUCGGCAACAGAAGACGCUUCAUUGCCAGCCAAUCAAGCGUCUCAGCCGACGCAACAGCAGCCACAGUCGCAGCAGCAACACCAGCCUCCAGUAACUUCUCAAGAUAAAUCUUCAGUUAAUAACUUAUCAGCUAAUCAAACGGACGAUCACAUCUCGGUGGCGGAAAGUGUACAGCCCAGUAGUACAACAUCAGCGGAGGAUAUACCAACCAACAAGGAUACACCCACUUCAACCAAUCAGCCCACUGUACGCUUCACCCUUGGCAAUCGUGUACGACCCCCGCUAAUUAUUGCCAAACAGUUGGCCUACGAACCAUCAUCACAGGAACCCUAUUCGAUUGAACAUCAAAGUGACGACGAUUCCGAAGAUACACCGGACAGUGACGAUAGUCGUCAUCGUCGUCGUAUACGUUAUUUGGCCACAACACCAUCGGGUGAAUUAGAACCACCGGCGACACUCUAUGACGAAUUCAAUAAUCUCGAAUUGAAACAAAUUGAAUAG